AUCGGAUUAGACAUUAAAGGCGGGGUUUCCACUGUUUUCUUCCGGGACGCAGCUGUCACCAAAAAAUGGCUUCUCUUGACAGAGUAAAAGUGUUAGUUUUAGGCGAUUCCGGGGUGGGCAAAUCUUCUUUAGUCCACCUUCUGUGUCAGAAUCAGGUUUUAGGAAAUCCAUCAUGGACUGUUGGUUGCUCGGUGGAUGUGCGGGUUCAAGACUAUAAAGAGGGAACCCCAGAGGAGAAAACCUACUACAUUGAACUCUGGGAUGUUGGAGGAUCUGUAGGCAGUGCCAGCAGCGUCAAAAGCACAAGAGCGGUCUUCUACAAUUCAGUCAAUGGAAUUAUAUUGGUACAUGAUUUGACAAAUAAGAAAUCCUCUCAGAAUCUCUACCGCUGGUCACUAGAAGCUCUGAACAAAGAUUCAUCUCCAACAGGAGUCAUCGUCUCAAAUGGUGACUAUGAUAGAGAGCAGUUUGCUGAGAACCCAGUGCCUUUGCUGCUAAUUGGCACUAAGUUUGACCAGAUCCCAGAGAACAAACGCAAUGAAGUUCUCACCCGAACAGCCUUCUUGUCUGAAGAUUUCAAUGCAGAAGAGAUUAAUCUCGACUGCACAAACCCACGAUACCUUGCUGCAGGCACAUCAAAUGCAGUGAAGCUUAGCAGGUUCUUUGAUAAGGUAAUAGAGAAGAGAUAUUUUACAAGAGAUCCAAGUCAGAUGACGGGUUUCACAGACAGAAAACGGUUCAACUUCAAAAGUUUGCACUAUGACUAAUGAGGCAUGAAUACUGCAGCAGUGGUCUAGGGUUUGACCAUAAUGUGUGGGCUUUAGACCACAACUGUCACACUCACUGAAAUACUUUCUCUAUCUGUCCUUCUUUUGCCCACCAUUGUUAAACUGCCAUUUCUUCUUUGUGCUAUUCAGUUGAAACUCAUCUUCAUCAGGUAUUAUAGCAUUACUCUAACCCAUACCACAAAAGAAUUUUAAAAUGAGCUUUAUAAGUAAAGAUAAAUGUGUGCAUAGGUGACAAAACUGGCACAGGAAAUGAAGCUUAAAUCAGAAAUGUAGAGAAAUGUUCCAGCAAGAUGAUGUGAUAGGAGAUAGGCACAUUCUAUAAAUGUACAAUGAGAGUUUUUGUUAAAACCAAUUUCAGUUGAUUUAAUGCCAGAUUUUUGAAAAUACAAGCGACUGUGCUUUUUUCACAUUUUUCUCAAAGCAUUCAUA